AUUAUGAAGACCUAGAGCCUUCGGUAUCACUGUGGUUCCGACAGUUGCAUGCCAGAUACUUGGAGAAACAGAAGAAUAGCUGCGUUUAUCUGAGAGAAUCGCCAUUAUCUAGAGAACAUGAAAGUGGAAGAGGUGAAUCGGUGUCAAAUUCAGGAAUGGUACCCAAAGUUUAAAUCAGUAUCCAUCAAAACCAUAAUUCACCAACUUCCAGAAUCUUUUGUUGAUUAUCUUCUCAACGACUCUGGGCCCUUCCUGUUGCCAGUUUCUGUCUCAAACGAAGACCCCUUUCCCAAUCGAAUUCAUAAUCCUGAUGAGGAAGAAGAUUAUCAAGUUUCAGAAGGAUCUGGUGAUGAAGCUGAAGAACCUCCACCACCACCUUCAUUUCCAGAACUUGAAUUGAAAGUUAAGGAAUCGAUUGAAUCCCUUGGAGGUGCAGUCUUCCCCAAGCUGAAUUGGAGCGCACCAAAAGACUCUGCUUGGAUAAGUACCACAGGUACCCUCGGGUGCUCCACCUUCAGUGAGAUCGCGCUAUUGCUCCGGUCAUCUGACUCAUUGGUCCAUGACUUGUGUCAUGCUUAUGAUUCUAGUGAUGAUAAAUCUUCGUCUAGACCCCAAAACUUCUUCCUUGCCCUUCGCAAGUGGUACCCAUCCCUUCGGCCAGAGAUGGAGUUUCGAUGUUUCGUGCGAGGGAAGAAACUAAUUGGAAUUUCGCAGCGUGAGGUGACUACUUUUUAUCCUUCCUUGCUUGAAAAGAAGAACGAUCUCCUUUUACUCAUACAGGAUUUCUUCAACGACAAAGUAAGAGCUGUAUUUGAAUCAGAAGACUACACAUUUGAUGUUUACAUUACAAAGGGUGAGAGGGUUAAAAUAGUGGAUUUCAAUCCAUGGGGUGCUUUUACACUGCCAUUGCUGUUUGCAUGGGAGGAACUAGAUCAGAUUCUUGAAGACGGAGAUGGUGUGGAGUUCAGAAUUAUUGAAGAUCGUUGUGCUGUCAGGCCAGGGCUUAAGACGGCAGUUCCAUAUGAUUACUUGGAUACUAGCCCUGGAAGUGGCUGGGAUAGAUUUAUGAGGGAUGCAGAUGAAGAGUGUCAUAAACAAUCUAGGUCCCCAGAAGCUGGUGCCUGAGAGGUAGAUGGAUAUUUCAACUUGUCGCUUGAUUUUUAGAUUUGAGUUGGCAAAUGGAACUAUAAGAAGGAAGCGAUUUCUUUGGUUUGACUACUAUUUUGGUCGUUUUAAAGAUACUUAUUUCAUCUAAGUUCUGAAAUUUAUGAAAUUAGUCCAAGCUUGUUUGGGUAUGCUAAUUUGGUCGUCA